UGCAGACGACCAUUACGACUUCAACUACCAGCAGGAGCGCGUUCUACCACAACCUCGCACAGUGCUGCCUGGCGACCAUCUCAUUGUAACUUGUACAUACGAUGCGACCAACAAGCGAACUACUACUUACGGCGGGUUCAAGACGACGAACGAGAUGUGUCUGGUGUUCGCCUCUUACUAUCCUCGUCAGCGGCUCACUGAGUGCUGCUCCCGCCCCGACAUCGCUAUGCUGCUCGAUACGCUCGGCGUCACCAACAUGCUCAACAACGAAGCUGUCUUGAGCGCAUUUCAGCUUACGUCGUUCAACAUUUCAACGGUUGACAAGGAGCGAGACGCCAAAAGAAUUGAUGUGAUGAGGAACUCUUCGCACGCCGGCGAGACCUACAGCGACCUCGAGCUGUCCAACUACAUGCGAGGCAUGAUCAUAUCCGAGCCGCAGGAGUUGAGUGGCAAAAGUCUUUUGGAUUUCCUGAAUGACGGGAGCCUGUGGCAGCGCGAGAGCGUCGUCCGCCUCCUACAGGAGCGUCUCACCUCGGGGCAAUACGAGCCCUACUGCACCUUCCACGGCAGGGGCAUGCCUAAAGGGAUGCCCAAGAAGGCCAAAUACCCUCACUACAUCCCCUACGAGAGGCCCGAAGAACCCUGUACACCGGCUGGUCAGGGGGCAUCAAGGUCAGGUGCCCCACACGGCCAUGCCCCGAGUCUUCUCAGUGACAAGGUCGCCUUCGGGAGCCCGAUUACAUUCCAUCAAGAUACGGCUUUCCAUGACUCGUCCACAAACCGACAGCAUCCGUACGUCUAUGAUUUGCCUGCUUCUGACGACGCAGAUUCUAACACUGUAAACGAACAUUUAUCUUAUCAAGCUGGUCCAUCUGAAGCGGAUAAGCAUUUACUGUCUUCGAACGCUGCACAUCCGCAUGGACUCCAAGACUCUCCCAGCAAGAAUCAUGAACUUUUCUACAACAUCAAUACAGAGCCCAGCCAUGAGUCAGGUUUGGAGGCAAACUUCUCCCCCGUGCCGCCGCUCAUCAACAAUUUUGACUUCAACACAGCAGUUACCCAGCGAGACCCUGCGCUGCAGGCGGAGGCUGAGGCUACCGCCGGUCGUCCGCAUUUCCGGACCGCUGAGCAGUCGGUCGCCACUACAUGUUCAUUGUACAGCCUCGUGGCUGUGUUAAAUUUAAUACUCUUGGCAUUUUAAAAUACUUGCUCAAUAAAAUCUCGGUGGACCAUGGGAAAAAAUCUAAAAAUCUUGCUCUUUAACAUGAGAAUCUUCUUGCAAUGUUCAUACGCCUCGCAAUACCUGUUUCUUACUUACGUUAAUUAUUGUGCAUCGUAUCCCACAUAUGACGAAGUCUCCGAAACUAAAUACUUUCAUCCUAUUCCAUAUUCGACUAAGUGUUUGCAACGAAAUUAUUUUUAUCUUAUUUUAUACUUGACAAAAUGUUUCAAACCGAACACUGACUUCGUAUCUUAUAUUUGAAGAAGUUUCUCAACUGUAAUUUUUCUUAUUAUUUCAUGUAUGACAAGUUUAUAGCUCGCUUGAAGGACGAAAAUUCAUGCAAUAUGAUUUCAUAAAAUGGAGUUACUAAUUUAGAACAAAAUUUACAAUAAUUAUGUCCAACGUUCUCAGGCUAAAUGACUGAUCCAUGUUGUAUCUUUCAAAUAAAUUGAGUUUGAGAAAAAUUUUUCGAAGUAUGCGUAGUAUUUCCAAGCGUUUCUUCCAAGAGAUCAGCAAAAUUAAAACGACGCGAAAGAUUUGUGCUUCACAUUUACUCAAUGAAGCAGGCUUACUUUUUUUGUUAGGUAUCAACAUAAGAUGCUUUUCCAUAGACUGAAUUUUGGUAAUUCUGCAGGCUUAUCUUUUGUUGUUAUUGGACUACUUGCAUUGAAGAGGAACUGUAGUCGAUUAAGUUAGUUGUUCAGUGUGUUUGGAUUCCUCGUAAGUCCAAUUAUCAGUUUAACAGCGCUCGUUGAAAUGGAUUGCUGUAUAUACUUGUACAUGAGAAACUAAAUUUAGUAUUAGAAGUUCAAUUAAACACUUCACGAUUCUCAAACGAAAAGGUCACUUGGGUGAGGCUGUGAUAUGAAAUGCACGCUCCUCACAUCUUUUUUUGCGUUGACUGUAGCUGUGGCAUCUUCAGUGAUGAUUUGCAUUUACUUUAGACAAUUAAGUUUCAAGGAUGAUUUGUACCACAUGUAAAUUUUGAAAAUAUAUUUAUUAUGAAUUUAUAUUUGGCAGAAAUUAACUAACUGCAUUCUUGAUACAGUAAAUUAUAUACAGGGUCCGCCAUAUUUAUGGCAACGGAUGUUUGCUAUAUAAAAAUGA